ACUAACCAUUAACUAACGAUAUAGUUUUUUUUUUAAGAAAAAAAAAAGAGAAACGCCUUGGAAGAAGGAAAAAAAGGAACAUUGCAUUCUGUCUUUUUCUUUUUCUGUAUUUAUUGUAUAUAACAAAAUAGGACUAUUUAGGAAGUCGAACAACCCAUUCAAGUCUUUGGUUCAAUUUCUUUUUCCCGGAACAAUUGAUUCACCAAUUUUGUAAAAAAAAAAAACAAAAAAAAAAGAAAACCCCUUCGUAAAUUUCCAAAAAAAAAAACACACACACACGUUUUAUUCAAUAUGGCUUCUAGCAAUGUGUCAUUCCCCAAAGGAAGUUUUUUCAUUCAGUCAGGCAUUGCAGGCCUCGUUCUUGAUCUUGAGAGCGGGUUCUUGAAAGAUCCUACCAAGGCCGGUGCCCGUAUCGAGCUCGCACAUUCCAAAGCUACCAAGAACGCUGAAGUCACCCCUCAGCUGGAAUUGCAGCUCUGGAGGGCCGAGGAGGGUUAUCUCGUCAAUGUCCGAACUGGCUAUGUCUUGGACGUCCAAGGAGGUGCUCUCCGUGCCAACUCGCGUAUCAUCCAGAAUGUCCGCAAGACUGGCAAGGAUGCUGCUGGUCAGCAGUGGUUGAACGAGGAUGGUGUUCUGACUUUGGCAAGCAAUCCUAAGCUUGUCAUCACCCUCGACGGCGAUGCCACCCGUGAUGGCACCAAGAUCACUCUUCAAGAGAAGAAGCCCAAUAACGAGAAACAGAAAUGGUCAUUCCCCGCCGGUGGUAACAACCGCCCAGCCUCACCCACACCCUCUAGAGCCGAGUCUAUCUCUGUUCGUCCUGACAACUUCCCCACUAACUGGUUCUACAUCAAGUCAGCUGCCUCUGGUCUCGUCGUUGAUAUUGAGCAUGGUAUCUUCACAGAUCCAAUGAAGGCUGGUGCUCGCGCUGAAAUGAACCACCAGAAGAUCGACAAUGGAGAAAAUCGCCAUGCCCUCUUGGAACUUCAACUCUGGCGCUAUGAAGCUGGUUUCUUGAUCAAUCGACGUACCGGUCUUGUUCUUGAUAUUCAGGGCGGCGCCAUCAAACUUUCUGCAAGAGUCAUUCAAUGGCACCGCAAGGCUGGCAAGGAUGCUCGCAACCAACACUGGUUUUACGAGAAUGGCUUCAUUGCCAACGUCUACAAUUCACGUCUGGUCCUUGAUAUUGAUGGCGACGGAACCAAAGAUGGCGCCAAGAUUGCGAUCGGGGAGCGCAAACCUUCUACUUCAAACUCCGAUCAACAAUGGAUUCUUGAGGAAGCUCGAUUCACAUGGCUUGGUAGCCCAUCUACCGCUGAGAGUAUUGCAGACCGUGAGAUUCCAGCCCCUGUCACUUUGGCUCCCGUCAAGGUCCCUCCUACCAAUGGUUGGUUCUACAUCCGGUCAUCAUCAUCUGGUCAUGUCGUUGAUAUUGAGCAGGGCCUGCUCUCCGAUCCUAUGUCUCCCAAUGUCCUUGUCAACAUGAACACCCAGAUCACCGAGUCCACUGGCGAUGAUCACUCCAAGAUCGAGUCGCAGUUGUGGCGCUAUGACAACGGCUAUUUUAUCAACAGAAGAUCUCAGUAUGUUCUUGAUUGCAAACAGGGUGUUGUCCGUUAUGGCGCUCGUCUCAUGCAAGGCGUCCGUAAGGAAGGAAAGGUAAAGCAAACAAAACAGUUUUCCCAAAAGAAAAAAAAAAAAGAAAAAAGAAAGAAAAAGAGUUUAUGCUCAUUAUUCAUCAUUUCAUACUCCACUAAAAAUAGGAGGGCCACCAUCAGCGCUGGGAAGCUGUGAAUGGUAGCUUGAUCGUCCAAGGCAAGCCUAACUUUGCUAUUGAUAUUGAGGGUGAUGGCUCCAAGACAGGUGCACGUCUCUCACUCCAGCGUCCCAAGUCACAGAAUAACCUUGACCAGCAGUGGGAGUUCG